AUGGGGGUCCAGGGCAGGGGGGCCAGCAUCAAGUGGCUGCUCCAGAAGGACAACAGUGACCGGCGGAAAGAGCUCCGUGUCGAGGGCCGGGUGCUGCGGACGGAGCAAGGCUUGCUGCUUCGCUCCCUGCAGCUCUCUGACAGUGGCCUCUACUCCUGCACUGCCACCGAAAACAACUUCAAGCACACGGUGACCAAGGUGCAGCUCCGUGUCCUCAGCUGCAGCACUGUCCAUGCCGUACUCUUUCAGGUGGAUGUCCCUCCUGGCCUCCCGCCCGCUGCCCCUGGCCGGGGUCGAUGA